AUGCCUUACUUUGAACUGGCAUCUAACGUCUCUAAAAUCGCAUUCUCUGCUGGCUUUCUCUCCAACACUUUCCUAAUUUACCUGACAGUUUUCCACGUCAAAGCUGUCUUUGGUACUUAUAAAAAGAUGGUGAUAAUAUUCGCGAUACUGGGCAUUACAUUCUCCGGCCUGGAAAUUCUAGCGAAGCCAUUCGCCCACAACUUCAAUAACUGUGUUAUGUACUUCAGUGUUAACACGUGGAUUCAGCCGCAAUCAAUUUCGCAGUUGCUCAUAGCAAUUUGGGCAGGACUCUAUUUAGUUAUAGUCUCAUUUAUUUCCGUCCAAUUCAUUUAUCGCCACUGUUGCUUGUCAAAUGUCAGAUGGGCAAAGAAAUUUGACGGACUCGGAUGUUUCCUCUGGAUGGGGUACCCAUUGAUCCCCGGCGCGAUUUAUGCCAGCUCAUUUUAUUGGUUCUGUUUGCCUGAUGAAUACUCGGAUGAUUGUGUGAGAGAAACAAUUCUUAAAAACUAUGCUUUGGCAACUGCGGACGUUGCUAGAUUCAUGGUUGCUCCAUACACAUCAGAAGGCUCCUGGCGACUCAAUAACUCAUUUUUCCUUCUCUCCGGCGUGGUAUCCAUAUGGCUUCACUACUCCGUAAUUCUUUACUGUGGAGUCAAAAUGCACCUGAACAUGAAAGAAGAACUCAAAAAGUUUUCGGUUGUCAACCGAAAACUUCAGCGUCAGUUUUUCAAGGCCCUGGUGUUUCAGAGUAUUGGACCAACAGUUUUCCUUGUGCUACCGGUUGCACCAACCAUCAUUGCUCCUCUGGUAGCUCCGUAUUUAAGCCUAGAAAUCAACUGGCAAACUGGAUGGCUAUACUCGAUUGUCGGAAUGUACCCACCAUUUGAUAGCGUUGCAUUCAUGCUCAUUGUUACAGAGUAUCGAAAAAUAAUCAGAGAUCGAUAUCUAUUUGUUUGUACCAAGCGGUAUUUGGCGGGAAACAUUCAGGUGGUCUCGACAUCUUCUCAAGUAGUUAAUAAUUAG